GACUUGUGGGUCGUGGCUCCUGAGCAGCAAAGCCGUUAGUUUCAUCCGCGAUAUAAGGUCUUUGAUGGCGGCUUACUUGCAUGACGGCGACACGGAAAUACGCUGUCUUGUUUCCGUCGGCGGUUGACAAGUAUAAGCUGGCUACCCUGAUUUCCCUUAGAGCCUCAGAGAGAAGACCAGACUCAGAAAAAUCAUCUGAAGAUAUUCUGAGGUGGAGAUGCGCUCAAAAAAACUAUGUUUUUCUCUUUUAAUGAUCUCUUCGUUGAUCCCUGUGGCAUUAUCUGUGUCCAGCCUCCUGCCUCAGGACGAGAUUGAAACCCUAAAACGCAUCGCUGCGGUUUUGAAGAAAACAGAUUGGAACUUCAGUGUGGAUCCGUGCAGUCAGCAAGCUGGCUGGGUAACUCAUAAUGCUCCUAGUGGAUUUGAGAACAGCGUCUGGUGCAAUAAUUGCACUAAUAAUGGAAGCAUCUGCCAUGUGACAAGCAUUGUACUCAAGUCCCAAAAUCUUGUGGGUACCCUACCAAGUGAAAUGGCCUCACUUCCUUUUCUCCAAGAAAUUGAUCUCACCCGCAACUUCCUGAGUGGUACAAUACCUGAUGAAUGGGCAGUUCUUCCUCUAGUAAAUUUUUCACUUCUUGGUAAUAGUGUUUCGGGGCAAAUUCCGUCAUGGAUUGGAAACAUAACAACACUUCAAAAUCUGGCACUAGAAGCAAAUCAAUUUACAGGAUCUCUUCCAAAGGAGCUGGGUUAUCUUCAGAACUUACAAAAAAUGCAGUUCUCUGCAAAUGCAUUUACUGGAGAGUUGCCAGCCACUUUUGCUAACCUCUCAAACUUGGUAUACUUUAUGAUUGCCAGUAACAACUUCACAGGAAAUAUACCACAGUUCCUUCAAAAUUGGUCACAGAUUCAAAGAAUAGAUCUUCAAGCAAGUGGUCUUAAAGGACCUAUUCCUACUGGAAUGCCACUUUUAAAGAACUUAAUUGACUUGCGAAUCAGUGAUAUUACUGGAAACUCUACUUUUCCACAGCUGGAGGGUAUGCAACAGAUGACAUACCUAACCUUAAGGAACUGUGGUAUAGUUGGAGAGAUACCUCCUUUCAUCGGAGCCUUUUUGAAUCUCAAGCGCUUGGAUUUGACCUACAACAUGUUAUCUGGGAUAAUUCCAUCAAGCUUGCUUCAUACCAACUUUAUAUUUCUAACCAGCAAUAAUCUGUCUGGCCCUGUUCCUGACUGGAUGCUUACCAGCAAAAAUAACAUUGAUCUUUCUUAUAACAAUUUCACUAUCGAAGGUCCUGGCCAAGGAUGUCAAAAAGGAAAUGUCAACCUGGUGGGGAGCUCAUACAGUGACGAUAAUCAAGGCGAAGAUGUGCCAUGCUUGGAUACCAUUCCCUGUAAUGGAGAUAAUUGGUUCUUGUACAUAAAUUGUGGAGGUAAUGAAGCGUCUCUCUAUGAAAACAAUACUCACAAGAUUUAUGAGCAAGACAAUGAUGGUACUAAUGGUGUUUCAACAUUUCAAUCGUAUUCCAAUUGGGCAUAUAGUAGCACUGGCUCUUUUCUAGAUUCUAGAGAUAACAACAACUUCAUCGCAACGGCUACACAAAAUCUCUCCAUGCCAAACUCAGAGUUAUAUGCAACUGCGCGGCUGUCACCUUUGUCUCUCACCUAUUAUGGGUUUUGUUUGAUAAAUGGGAAUUACAGUGUUAAGCUGCACUUUGCUGAGAUAAUAAUCAAUGAUUAUGAUGGAUAUGUUAGCCCUGGAAGACGGAUAUUUGAUGUUUACGUGCAAGGGAAACUUGUUUUAAAGGAUUUCAAUAUCAGAGAUAAUGCUAAUGGUUCAAACAAGGCAAUUGUUAAAACCUUUCCUGCAGUUGUUACAAGGAAGAGAUUGGAGAUUCGAUUUCAGUGGACUGGAAAAGGAACAACAACUGUUCCUGUAACCGGAACAUAUGGUCCUCUUAUAUCAGCUAUAUCAGUCGAGAAUUUGAAUCCUCCAAAUGAAAGCAAUUCUUCUGCUCGUUUAGUGAUUGGAAUCACUUGUGCUGCAAUUUUUGCUGUUGUCAUUCUUGUGUUUUUUGCUUGGAAGAAAGGCUAUUUCAGGCGGAAGAAUGCAAAAGACAAUGAUCUGAGGGGUCUGGAAACUAUCUCCUUUUCUCUAAGGCAAAUUCAAGCUGCUACUAGCAACUUCAGUUCUUCUAACAAGAUUGGUGAAGGUGGUUUUGGAUCUGUGUACAAGGGCCGGUUAGCAGAUGGUACUGUAAUAGCUGUGAAGCAGCUUUCUUCAAAGUCAAGUCAAGGAAAUCAGGAAUUUGUAAAUGAGAUUGGCAUGAUUUCUGCGUUACAACACCCAAAUCUUGUAAAGCUUUAUGGAUGUUGCAUUGAAGGAAAUCAGUUAUUGUUAGUAUAUGAAUAUAUGGAAAAUAAUAGCCUUGCACGUGCUCUUUAUGGGCCAGAACAAUAUCAGUUGAAGCUAGAUUGGUCCACAAGACAUCAAAUUUGUGUUGGCAUAGCAAGAGGUCUUGCUUACCUCCAUGAAGAGUCGAUGCUGAAGAUUGUUCAUCGAGACAUAAAAGCUACAAAUGUGUUGUUAGACAUUGAUCUAAACCCCAAAAUAUCAGAUUUUGGAUUGGCAAAGCUUGAUGAGAAGGGAAACACCCAUAUUAGCACGCGGAUAGCUGGAACAAUUGGAUAUAUGGCACCUGAAUAUGCAACAAGGGGCUAUUUGACAGAAAAGGCAGAUGUCUACAGCUUCGGCAUUGUUGCAUUGGAGAUUAUAACUGGGAAGUGUGUCUCGAGCUAUAUGAAUGAAGACCAAUAUCACCUUCUAGACGUGGCACAUCUUGCAAAAGAGAAAGAGGACCUGCUGUCUCUUGUUGAUAAGAGACUGGAAAACCAGUACAAUCAGGUUGAAGCUGUGGGAAUGAUCAGGGUGGCCAUUCUAUGUGCACAUUCAUCACCAGCUCAUAGGCCUUUAAUGUCAAGUGUGGUGAAAAUGCUUACUGGAGAAAUUAGCAUCCCAGACUUUGUUCCAGAUCCAUAUCGUUUCAGAGACAGUCUAGGCUAUGGUUUUGGUGAGAAUCCUCAUGAGCAGGCUACAUACUCAAGAACCAAUAUGCAAUCUGGUAAGUUUAGGAGUGAUGUUACGGAAUUUGGAUCAACAAGUGAUUCUGCUACCUAUGAUUCCGAACAGUAUUCGUUUCCACCAGUUUCUGUUUAAUAAACCUUUGUGUUAUAAUGAAGGAAUAAAUAAAUAAAUAAAUAAUAUUCAUGUAAUUUUGAUUUGAUUAAUCUUCAAUAAUAGAUGUGUAGUUUUUAAA